GAUGAUGAGCUCGAAGUGGAUUCCGAUGAGGAGGGCAAGGCUCAAACCUCGACGGUAAAGAUCCUCACCAAGCAUGCGCGAAAUCAGGGCUUCCUCGAGGAGGCUCCAGCCGAGGCCGACAGUCUCGACAAGUACAUGUCCGAUUUGACGAAGAAAGCCCCGGGGGAGAAGGAGUCAGAAGAUGCUGGUAUGGGGGUGAUGGAUUCCUCCAGGGUGAAGUCCAUUACACUGGAAGAGAUUGAGGCGCUCAUGAGGCCCAGCUCCGAGGAGAAGCCAGAGACAGAGCAAGAAGGAGGGAGUAGCAGUUCUGCCGCUCCUGGACCUGCUGUCGCUGCUGCUUCUCCUGCCGAGAGCCCCCCAGCUGCUGAUGAUGAUGAUGAGGACUUCCACGCAGCCUUCAUCGCCGAGAUGCGAAAGUUGCGUGGUGAGGAUGGUGAUGCCUUCGCCAAGGACUUCGAAGCCUCCAAAAAGUGGCUCGGCGAACGCCCUGGCUUUGUUUUCAAACGCGGGAAGAAAGGGCUGGGCUACUACCGCGAUGUGGGCCCCUUCGGCUUGAUGAAGGAGAAGCCCGGUUCGUCCGGAGACACACGCAAAUCCGAUUUGCCCGACUUCCGCAGAGUCAAGAAGGCCAAGCGGUCGCUGGAAGACCCAGCGGGUGAAGAGGAAGGUGAGGAUGCGGAUGACGAGGAAGAGCAGGAAGCAGCAGAGGAGGAGAAUGACGCCGUCGCUGAGAACGAUACUAUUCCUUCCCUCCCGCCGGAGGUCGAGAAAGAAGUGGAAACCAAGAAGGAGAAGCGGAGGAAGCGACGGGAGGCCAAAGAGGCGGAAGCCAAGGCCAAGGCGGACGCUGCCAAGAAGCGUGCGCGGGACGGCUUCGGCGAGGGCGACGGCGAUUGGAUGGAGAGCGACCCCGACAGGAGUGAGCAAUCCAGUGAAGAGCAAAUGGAGUCCUACUUCGACCUGGUGAAGCGCUUCACCACCAAGAAGACCCUUCCUGCAGUCAAUCAUGACUUGAUCGACUACAAGUCUUUCCGCAAAAACCUGUAUGUGCAGGUGAAAGAGAUCACCAACAUGAAGGACCAUGAAGUGGAGGACCUCCGGCGGACCCAUGGAGAUAUCACCGUGCGGGGCAAGCGAUGCCCUCAUCCGGUGAAGAGUUUCCUACAGUGUGGGCUCCCGGAGAAGAUCCUGAAAAUCAUGGAGAAGCGAGAGUACGAGACUCCCUUUCCCAUUCAGAUGCAGGCCAUGCCGGCGUUGAUGUGCGGCCGAGACGUCAUCGGUGUUGCCCAGACGGGAUCGGGGAAGACGAUCGCCUACCUGCUGCCCCUGAUCAGGCACAUCAUGGACCAACCGCCCCUCGCCAACGGCGACGGGCCCGUCGGCUUCGUGGUGGCGCCCACACGUGAGCUAGCGCUGCAGAUCCAGCGAGAGGCCAACACCUUUUGCAAGGCGGUGAACCUCACGAGCGUUUGCGCCUAUGGCGGUGGGCCCAUGGGUGAACAGCUCUCGGCGCUGAAGAAAGGAGCUGAGCUCUUGGUUGGCACUCCAGGAAGGCUCAUUGAUGUGCUGACCACCUCGGGUGGGAAGAUCACCAACCUCCGGCGGGUGACCUUCUUGGUCCUUGACGAGGCGGAUCGGAUGUUUGACAUGGGCUUCGAGCCGCAGAUCGGGAUGUUCUUGCAGAGCACCCGACCGGACAAACAGGUGGCGAUGUUCAGUGCCACGCUGCCGGCCCAUGUGGAAGCAUUAGCCCGCAAGGUCUUGAAGAAGCCGUUGGAGAUCUCCGUGGGCGAGCGCAACGCAGUGGCCACGAACGUCACUCAGUUCGUAGAGGUCUUGGAUGAGAGCCAGAAGUUCUAUCGGCUUUUGCAACUCCUUGGAGAAUGGCAUGAGCAUGGUGCCAUCAUCAUUUUCGUGCACCAGCAGAAGGACGUGGAUGAGAUGUUCACAGAGCUUUUGAAGUAUGGCUACCCUCCACUGGCACUCCAUGGCGGUCAGGACCAACAGGACCGAGACUUUACGUUGCAAGACUUCAAGGACGGAAUUUCCAACAUCUUGAUCUCCACCUCUGUGGCCGCCCGAGGCAUUGACGUGAAAAACGUGAUCUUGGUCGUGAACUUCAAGGUUCCAGACCACUUGGAGGACUACAUCCACCGGGUGGGCCGCACUGGACGCGCUGGAAAGGCUGGCUUUGCCUACACCUUCAUCCAGCCCGAUGAAGCAGACAAGGCUCAGGACAUGGUGGAUGCCCUGCGGCAAUGCAACCAAGAGGUCCCGGGCAAGCUGAAAGCACUCGCUGAGGAGCACCAGACGGCGGUGAACACUGGUCAAGCUCGGAAGCGGAAGCGCUGGGGCGGCUUCGGUGGCAAGAGUUUUUCCUAUGAGAACAGCGAGAAGAGCAGGCAGCAGCAAGAGCGCCAACAAGCCAAGAGCGAUUUGCUCAUUGGAGACUUUGAGGAAGAGGAUGACUUCAAGGAUCCCUGGCUCGAGCCUGACAAGCCCAAGAAGGGUAAGGGCAAAGGGAAACGCCGUGAAGAGGAGGCCGAGCAGUCCAAGUCGGCGGACCCCGCGGACACCGUGGCGCAGGCUGCCAAGGUGGCGGCCAAGAUGCAGGAGAGAGAGCUCCCAAAGGCGGCCAAGUUGAUCCCCGACGAGUUCUUCGCUGAAGGUCUCGAGUUGGAGAUGAAUUCCUGCCGUUCGCAGCUUUUGCAAUGCGAAGCUUUACGGAAGAAGGUCUAUCGUGAUCUGGGCGACGAGCUGGAAGACAAGGUCUGGGAGAAUUUGAAGGUGAACUUGAGGGAGGAAGUGAUGGACGCUUUGAAGGACACGCUCGAGAAUGAGGUCCGUGCCUCCCUGGCCAAAGAGCUGGGCAAGGACAUGGACAUCGAUGGCAUCGAGCAGGACGAGGAGGAGAUCUUUGAGGAGGAUGAAGAAUAUGAGGAGGAGGAGGAGGACUUGGAGGACGAGCUUCAAAAAGACAAGGAGUUGGAUCAAAAGGCCGCGCGAGAGGUGGAGGCUGUGACUCGCAUUCGCAUCAUGGAUGCUGUGAGGCUGCAAAAAAAAGUAGACAAGGAGUCAGAUGAAAAGGCUGAGGAAGAGGCAUAA